AUGGCCACCAAAAAUGCUGAGGCUACCCUGCGGCGCCGACAGGGUGACCAUCAGAAGACCACAAGCACAGAGGACUUUGCACGGGAGCACAUCAUCGGUGGAUGGCGACCAGGAAUGGACCCCAAGGUCGACUACUCCGGACACUUCGAGUUUGGUGGAUCACUGGGAAAUCUGGCCUUGAUGACUGGAUUUCCUCUGCUGAUGUACUACAUGUGGAUCGGUGCCACCUACUACGAUGGAAAAUUACCGCUCCCCCACGACGGGCAAUCCUGGACGGACUUUGGGAAUCACCUAGGACAUCUCGUCUAUACUGGUGCAUUUCCUCACUUCCGAGCAUGGCGCAUUUAUUGGGUGUAUUUUGUCUUUGAGGCGGCAUGCUAUAUUCUUAUGCCUGGAUUCACCUGCUACGGCAAGCCUCUGGCUCACUUGGGUGGAAAGCAGCUCAAGUACCAUUGCUCGGCCUUUACGAGUUUCUACUUGACCAUCUUCGUUAUGGCGGUUUUGCAUGGCACGGGGCUGUUCCCUAUCUACACCUUCAUCGACGAGUUUGGGCCGCUGAUGUCGGUGGCGAUUAUCUCUGGGUUUCUCGUCAGUCUGGUCACCUACUUGUCUGCUUUUGCGCGCGGCGCCCAGCAUCGGAUUACGGGUUACCCCAUCUACGACUUCUUUAUGGGCGCCGAGCUAAACCCACGCCUGUUCGGUAUCUUGGACUUCAAGAUGUUCUACGAAGUCCGCAUCCCAUGGUUUAUUAUCUUCGGUUUAAGCUGUGCCGCUGCCACACGCCAAUAUGAACAGUACGGCUAUGUCUCGGGCGAGGUUUUGUUCCUGGUCAUGGCCCAUUUCUUAUACACCAACGCCUGCGCAAAAGCAGAGCACCUCAUCACCACCACUUGGGACAUGUACCAAGAGAAACUCGGGUUCAUGUUGACUUUCUGGAACAUGGCCGGUGUCCCUUUGUCAUACUCGCACUGCACAUUGUACCUGGCUAACCAUGACCCGGCCACCUAUGCCUGGAACAAGUAUGCACUGGCAGCGCUCUUUGUGUUGUAUCUGUUCGUCUACUGGGUCUGGGAUACCUGCAACAGCCAAAAAAACUCAUUCCGCAUGAUGGAGCGUGGCACUUUUGUCAAACGCACGACGUUCCCACAGCUCCCCUGGCAGGAGGUCCACAACCCUAAGACUAUUGUGUCAGAAUUCGGUGACACCAUCCUCGCGGAUGGCUGGUAUGGCAGGGCCCGCAAGGUCCACUAUACCUGUGAUAUGUUUUUCGCUCUUUCCUGGGGUCUGAUCACUGGAUUUGACAGUCCUUUCCCCUGGUUUUACCCUGUGUUCUUCAGUUUCAUGAUUGCCCACCGGGCAAUGAGGGAUAUCAGUAAAUGCCGGUUCAAGUAUGGUGAGGCAUGGAAGGAGUACGAGAGACAGGUUCCGUAUCUGUUUAUCCCGUAUGUGGUCUGA